AUGGUGGACGGAGGAAAUCCUAGAAGUAGCAACAACACCGGUGACACCAGCCUCAUGGGAGGCAACAGCAACAGCAACACGCCGACACCCCGAGGCAGCCGCAUUCGUUUGCUGCCUGAUGAUGUUGUACGUCGGAUCGCAGCAGGAGAAGUCGUUUCUCGGCCGGCUGCUGCUCUCAAGGAGCUUCUGGAGAACAGCCUGGAUGCGGGGGCCCUCCGGGUGUCUGUACACUGCGUUGGAGGUGGCCUCCGGUUGUUGCAGGUAGCCGAUGACGGAUCUGGCAUUGCUGCAGCGGAUCUCCCGCUGCUGUGCGCUCGCCACUGCACCAGCAAAUUGCAGACACUGCAGCAACUGCAGCAUAUUAGCUCCUUUGGAUUUAGAGGAGAGGCCCUUGCCGCCCUUUCGCUGGUUUCCAAGCUGGCAGUAACCACCAGAGUCCGGGGGGAGCGUCAUGGCUUCAGCUGUACAUACACCGCAGGCGUGCUGGCAGGGAACCCAGAGCCACUUGCACGAACGGGAGGCACCACGCUGAAGGCAACAGAUCUUUUUUAUUGCGUCCCUGCCAGACGUCGUAUAUUCCUCUCCAGCUCACCCGCAAGUGGCUGCGGAUCCGCAGGCACUGACGAAUACUUGAGGUGUCUGCACGUCGUAGGACGCUAUGCAAUCAACAACCCCCACGUGUCCUUCACGCUGCGGCGUCAGCAGCAGCAGCUGCCCGACAUCAGCACGCAUGCGUUUGGACUCGCCGAUGCGAAAAAGCUGCUCAUUCAGCUGCAACAGCAUGAGCAGCAGCAAGAGCAGCGACAGCAACAGCACGAGGAGCAGCAGCAACAGCAGAGGGGGAGCACUUGCAGCUGCUGUGGCGGGGAAGAGGAAGAACGUGUUCCUACAGAGGAGGAACUGAGGCUGCUGCGGGGGGUGACUUUACUGCAGGGAGGCGCUCUGCGCGUUAUAGAAACGCUGCAUGGAACGGCCGUGAGCAGCACGCUGCUGCCUAUACACCUCAGACGGCCUCUCCCUGCUGCAGCAAUGCACUUCAUACAGAGCCAGAAACAGCCGCAGCAGGCGGAGGAGGCGCCGCAGGAAGAGGAGGAGACACAGUCGCGACUGAAAGAGCUUCAUGGCAGCAGUGGCAGGGACCGGAGGCAUGUCUGCCCGCUGCUGCGCAAGUUGGUAGCGAAAUUGACUGCUGCGGAUGCUGCUGCUGCCGCGAUCUUCUUGGAAGAGCUCCCAGAAGAUGAGUGGCGUCUGGCUGGGUUUCUUUCAGCGGCGCACAGUGGAGCCAAGAAGGGAUCUUUUUGUUGCUUCAUCAACGGCAGACUUGUAGACUGUCCGGUUCUUAAGCGCAGCGUUGAUGCGGUGUAUGGACAGCUGAUGCCGCGGGGCCAGCGCCCGUGGGUGUACUUGUGCUUGGAGUUGCCCGCUGUCUUAGUUGAUGUGAACGUACACCCCAGCAAGAGCCAGGUUCGGUUCCUUCAUGAGGAGUUCAUAGCCGAGGUGACUGCAUCUGCUCUGAUGGAUAUGCUCAAGGGCAAGGCCUCCUCCAAGUCGCUCCCGAUGCACCAGCCUGCCGCCUCUGUGCAACAGGCUGAACUGAAACAGCAGAAGCUCGUGGUGAUAUCCACCGAGACAGGCGACGUGCCCAGACGACUCGCGAGAGAGCAGCAGGGGGAAGACGAUUUGAACGAGCGCGGCAACAGCAGCAGCACUCCCAGCACCUCCACCAGCAGCAACAGCAGCAACAGCAGCAGCAGCGCCAGUAGAAAGCAGCCCUUGAAUCCCACCAGGACGAGAACUGAUGCACGACAGUUACCUCUUAGCGCCUUUUGGCAGCAGGCAACGUCCACACGUAAAGAGCACCGAGUCGAGCAGCAGCAGCACCAAGACGAGCAGGUCGAUGGAAGCCUCGCGAUGCAUUCUGCUGAAGCUGCAGCAUUAUUAUCCCCAGAGGCGCCUUUAAGUGCAGCGCAGCCAGCUGUCUCGCAGCAGCUGUGGCAUACGUGGGGUGUGAGGCUUUUCGAUGAGAGGAGGGAGAAGGGGGGUCAUGUUCUGGAUAGCGUUGCGCCUUGCAGCGGCGGCAGCCACAGGGGAUCUGACGCUGGACGCCUCCGUAGUGUGAGGCAGCUGCUGCAGCUCUGUGCAGCAGCUGCAGUACAGGGCAAGGGGUCUGCUGCUGCAUGCAGCAGCAGCAGCAAUUCUCACAAGGAUUCAGCGCUGCAGGAGUCUUCGUACGUUGGUGCCGUCAACACGAGGAUGGCGUUGCUGCACUCGGGAGAGAGUCUGCUCCUUGUGAACCUUCCCACAAUAGCCAAAGAGUGCGUAUACCAAUCGAUAUUGCGGAGGCUUGGGCGCCUUCCAGUGGUGCGACUGCAGCGGCCUGUUGAUCUCCAAAAGGCACUUUUUGCUGCGUUACAACAGAAGCAGCAAGAGCAGCAGCAACUACAACAGGAGCAACAGCAAGAGCAACAGCAGCAAGAGCAACAGCAAGAGCAGCAGCAACUACAACAGGAGGAGCAACAGGGAGAGCAGCAGCGCAAGCAGCAUGAGGACGAGGAGUAUCGAGAUGAGGCGACGGUCCGACGCCUCUGCGCCACUUUGCUGCAGCGACGUGCCUUGUUAGCGGAUUAUUUUGGAAUAAUUAUUGGGAAGGAUUGUUGUCUCUUGGGUGUUCCUCUUUGCUGUGGGAAGCACGUUCCGCACCCGAGACUCCUCCGCUGUAUGCUUUUGCGGCUAGCUACCGAGGUGGACUGGAAAGAGGAGUCUGCAUGCCUUCACGGCAUUUGCGACUUGCUCGCCGAGGCUUACACCACCGUUGAGGAGGCAGCGGAUGCCGUUGCGGACGAAGCUGGUCGAUCAGCUACUUGUGUGGCUUCGGCGCGAAAGCAUCCGCGGCUCACGAUGCAACAGGAGGCAGAGCAUGAGCGAGAGGAAAACAAGGAGCAGCGAAUCACCCCCCCCCCCACGCGGGGAGCUGCGCCUUGCUGGUGUCGCGCAGUAGAUAUCGAUCAGCACAUGGCAGCAAGCGCUGAGACUCGCAGGAUGUUUAGCAACGUUCUGAUGCCAGCUCUCCGCUUCUCCUGGAAGACACACAUCCCGAAACGUUUUUAUGAGGACGGAACUGUCAAGGAACUAACUAGUCUCAAAGCCCUUUACAGAGUUUUCGAGAGGUGCUAA